GACGGUAUAUCGGUAUAUUUCUGAGGGUCAAACGAUGUAUUUUAUCGAAAAAUCCGCGGGUCGGGUCGUAGUGUGGGCAAAAAAACAUCAAAAGUCGUGUAAACAGGCCAGAGUUGCCUUGUUUUUUCUCCUCGUCACCCCCCCCCAGCAUCGAAGGGGGUCGUGCUCGUUUGUGCAAAUAGGUAAAUAAAUUGUGAAGGAGAGCGAGAAUAUAAGCAAAAGGCGAAAAAGUGCAGCCCCAGCAACAAAAGAAGCGCACAGAAGUACGUGAGUGCGUCUCGUACCUGUGUGAGUGGAGUGCCUGAGUGUGAGUGUAUAAGUGUCUUAAAAAUUGCUCAAUGGCCCACAAAACAGCAACGGCACUGACCAGAUAAAUAGCAUACAAAAGAAAACUGUUUUCCUCCGGGGCACGUGAAAAUUGUGUGUGAGACUCCUCUGCGGAGAAAGUGCAGCAGCAGCAGCAGAAGCGGAUACAAAGUGAAAAGAAAACGCAAAUAAAUAUUUUUUGCUGUUUUCGAGUUUAUUUUUGUGAAAGUCAAGUCAGUGCGGAGGCAGGCACCUGGAGAGGCAGAGGCAGCUCUCUUUCUCUCUGCCACACAUCUUUCUCUUGCGCGCAACAACAGUAAAAAGAGAGCUUCAUAGCAGAACUUUGGCAUUUGAGUGCAUUUCCAGGCAGAUUAAAUUAUGGCCUUGAUCAAGAUGUUGCUGCCGUUGCCGGGCACGGCUAAGGACCUGUGCAGGACCACCAGUUCGCUCUCCAGCCACACAGCCACGUGCAGCUCCUCCCUGAGCCAGGAUGAGGCCACCAAUGCCGCCAAUGUCUGCAUCGACGGGACUGCAGACGACUGAAGUGCACGCCCAUGCCCAUGCCACACCGCAGCAGCAGCAGCAGCAGAAGCAGAGACUACACCAGACCCCGACAGAACCACUUGACCCCGACAGGAGUCUGCCACAGCAGAGGCACGCGACGCCCAACUCGAAGCUCCUGCCGCCCCUGGAGCUGUUGGUAGAGAACAAGAUUAGCUACAGCGGCUCGGCCGUCACGUAUCACCAGUCGCCAGAUCUCAGAGCAUCCCCCCAAGCCCAUUCCCAAUCCCAUUCCCGAACAGCCAACAAACGGAGCUCCCUCAGCAGUCCCUCGUCCAGCGAGGACUGUGUGAGUGCCGCGAGGGCGAGCGUAUUUGAUGAGGCCGCCGAGAGCUUCGUGAUCAACUUUCCGGCAGAGUCAGCGGCCGCGUCGCAGCACCAACUGCUGCCCCUGUCCGAGACGGUGCCCCUGCUGACCCACAUCGAGGCCACCGUGGUGGACAAGCAGCGGUCGAUUCGCCUCAGCAAGAACAGCGCCUCGCUCAUCUUCACCAAGAAGGAGCUGGGUGUGGGUGUGGGUCUGGGUCUGGGUCUGGGCCACCACCAGAGACGACAGCACCACAGCAGCCUCUACGGGGCUGGCGGCGAGCGGACGACGCGCAAGACGACAAAGCACUUGCCGCCCACGCGCGGACAGCAGCAGCGGCGCAGUCUGCCGCUUAGCUACAGCCACACGAACGCCAGCAAUCUGGUGACCACCGCCGGCGCAAACUACGCUCCCAACGGGGCAGGAGGAGGAGCAACAGCCGCUGCAGCAGGAGGAGCAGGUGGGAAGCUUGUGCCGCACAAGCAUCAGCAGCAUCAGCAGCAUCACGGCCUGGGCCUCACCUCACCCACGGCUACCUCUGGUGUGGGGGGCGCCGCGGCAGGCGCUGGUGGAGGAGGAGGAGGAGGAGGAGGCGCCGUACCGCCCCCGGCCCACACGGCCCGCAAGCAGCUAUCCUACUCCUGGUACGCGCCCGUCUACAGUGCCCUCGAGGAGGAGCUCGAACAGGACUCGCGGGACUCGUCGCCAAUUCACAAUCUGGCCAACACAAAGCAGCACCAACGCUCCGCCAGCCAAAAGGCCCCCUCCGCUUCUGUCUCCCUGCAUGCCACGUCCCACCACGAGCACGCCCACGAGGCCGAGACGGUGGCGCUGCUGGAGACGCAGACGCGCAACAAGAUCAUCAUUUCCUCGGCGAAUGGCGAUGCUGGCGGAGCAAGCAGCCCCAGUGGCGGAGGAGGCGGUGGCGGCGGGGGCGGCGGCUCUGGGGGAGGGCUUGCUCCAGACUUGGAGAGCUCGCUGGGGCUGUCCGGGGGCGGACAGCUGCCACGACGGCGUCGCUUCGAGAACUUUCUCAAAUCCCUCGUGGGCCUCAAGGCCAGCAGCAACGGCCGAGAGCGGGAAAAGGAUCGGGAGACUGGCCUGCAGCGUCCAGCCUCGCCGGAGAUACGGAUCACACGCACACCCUCGGAGCAGGACGUGGUCCUCCGGGAUCCGGCCGGCCCCCAGCAGCUAGCCAACGGGCAUGGGCCCAGGGGCAGCCUCAGCAUCAGCGGAUCGAGCAGCUCCCUGAACGUGGUCCAGCACAAGCUGUGGCACAUCAUGCGGCGCGAGGGCAGCGCCAGCAGCCUCCACCAAGAGAAGUCCCAGUCCAUUGUCCAGUACACGGGACUGCGCAAAUGCGAGACCGUCCUGGCCCUCACACGGCAGGGCCAGAGCCACAGCCACAGUCAGAGUCACAGUCAGGGCCUAAGCCUGUCCCAGAGCCGGAGCCAGGGCCACUCGAUGGCCGGCCACGGCAGCGGGAUCUUCAGCAGCGCCGGCGUCGAGCAGAUACGACCCCUCAAUCGGCUGCGGAACAGCGUGAACAGCAUCAACGGCCACGGCGGGGGCGGGGGCGGGGCCACCUGCUCCCGCUGCUCCAGCCUGCUGUCCCUGGCGGCCUCCGGGUCGCGCUACUCCCUGGCCAACGGAUUCGUAGUUCGCCCGGACUCGGCAGCCGGCACGGAGGAGGAGCAGCCGCACAUCAACGUGAAUGCCCAGAUCCGACUCAGCGGCGGAGCGGUGUCGGCGCCCUCCAGCAGCCCCAGUCCCCCGUCCAAUGUGACCACGGCCACGCUCCAUUCCAGCUCCAACAACAAUCUGUUCCAUGCCAAGGAAGAGCAUCAGCAGCAGCAGGAGGAUGAGGAGGAGCAGCAGCAGCAGCAGCUGGACCAGUCGCCAGCGACUGGCGGGGAGCUCGGUCCGUUUGGCACCAAUCAUGCCUAUCCCUUGACCGUCAGCUCCCUGCUGUCGAUGGCCAGUGCCAAUCAUGCGGCCCAGGCCUGUUGCGUGCGCGACGGCAUCACCCUGCAGCGCCGCGAGAUGCUCGCCUCCGUGGAGGUCACACCCUCGGCCACGCCCACCAGCACUUUCCAGCCAUUCACCUGCAAGCUGUGUCUGACCGACGUGGAGGAUGCGGGCGAGGCCAUGUCCCUGCUGCAGUGCGACUGUCAGUUCUGUAUCGAGUGCAUGCGCGCCUACGUGGAGUUCGAGAUAUCCGAGGGAGCCUAUGAGAUCUCCUGCCCGGACGCCAAGUGCCCGGCCCAGGGCGCAAUCUCCGUUCCCGAGAUCGCGAAUCUAACCACAACGAAUCUGCUGAAGAAGCACCAUCGCUACCGUCUGAAUCGAGAAAUCGAGUUGGACAAGACACGCACCUGGUGCCCGCGGGCAGGCUGCGAGACCAUCUGCAUGGUGGGCGGAGCAGCGCAUGGACAAACCAGCGCCAUUUGCCAAAUGGACGAGUCGCCAUCGACUUCCCAGAGCUACACACCACAGCCGGACGCAGGCGGUGGCGAGGGCGGACCUACUCCAGGGGCAGCCGUACUCUCAGUGUCCGUGCACUGCCCCUCCUGCAAGGACGAGUUCUGUGCACUGUGCAAGAAGGCUUAUCAUCCGAACAUUGGCUGCGAGGAAUUCGGUCGCCGCCUGAUUGCCGAUGGCCAGGACGAUAUUGGCAUUCCGUUCGACAACGAGCUCAUCAAGUGCUGCCCCAUGUGCGCGGUGCCAAUCGAGAAGGACGAGGGCUGUGCCCAGAUGAUGUGCAAGCGCUGCAAGCACGUCUUUUGCUGGUACUGCCUGGCCAGUCUGGAUGACGACUUCCUGCUGCGCCACUACGACAAGGGGCCGUGCAAGAACAAGCUGGGCCACUCGCGGGCCUCUGUUGUGUGGCAUCGCGCCCAGGUCAUCGGGAUCUUUGCUGGCUUUGGGAUUCUGUUGCUGGUGGCCUCGCCGCUACUUCUAUUGGCUGCCCCGUGCAUCAUUUGCUGCAAGUGUCGCGGCUGCAGUGGCUCCAAAAUUGACGAAGUGGAUGCCGAUCUGGAGGAGGAGGUCACCGCCUUGCAGGGCUAGGCAGAGGAUCUCCUACGCGCAAGGUGUAGCAUCAGGACGAAACGAAAAGAGACGAGACGAGACGUUAGGCGUUAGGCUUUAGGCUUCGACGGUUGCCACCUGUAAGGGCAGCUGCUGUAAAUGCAAUUACCGGUAGCAUCUAUUGUUAAUGACGAGCAGCUUACGUACAUUUACACUUAUUUUAGUUAUUAUAAUUAUAAUUGUAUAUGUGUUAACUAAAUUGUGAUAUUUACAGUGAUUCGAUUUCUGAUCUGAAUCGACAAAUUUGUUGAGAACCCAUACAAAGACGCGAUGCUUUCGAUUCUUGCUGGGUUCUUUCUUUAUAUAUUCUUUCCUCCCACUACUACCCGUAUAUACUCAUGUACACACUAUGUGCAUGCAUAUACAUACAUACAUACAUGUGUAUUUGACUAAAUCAAUCUGUAUACAUCAUUAGGUCCUCUUUCUAGUGCGUAAGUUAGUCUAAAUCUAUUAGGGAGGGGUAUGUUAUGCCUCGUAUUUCAACCUGUGCUUUUAAUCACGCCGACAACCGAUACCCCGAAACCACAAAAACCCGAAACCGCACCCACACAUUCGCACCCAAAACACCUCUCUCAAGUAUUACACAUGCAAAUAACGAAUCCGAGCUCAUUUCGGGUACAUUUGUUCAACGGCUUGGCAAUGCUUUUAUCUACAUACACACACACACACACAAACACACAUACACAUACAUAUAUAUAAAACAAUAUACUUGCAUAUAUACUUGCAUAUAUAGGAGGUGUAUAUGUCACUACUACUGUUUAUUGAAUGUAUUUAAAUGUAAAUGUUAUAUGCAGCUAAAGCAAAUGUACGACGACAGACAGACAGAUUACUGCUGACGGAGCACUCGACAGAGCCCAAAGCCGGGCGUGUGCAGGCUGGGCUUGAUUAAUGUAAAUUAUUGAAUUAUUUAAUGCAUAUACACUCAAAUAUACAUAUAUCAAAAUACGUUUAACAUAAUAUGCGUGUAUAUUUCAAGGAAAAAUAUUUAAAAUCUACUCUUAAUGUGAACAACUACCGCGUAUGCUGUUUCAAAUAAAAAUGUUAAAAGAAAA